AUAUGUAUUCUUAGCUCAUCUUCUCCUCCCUACUACCCAUCCAUCCAUCUCCUUCUACUAGCUACUGUCUAGUGAAUAACUAUUAUAUAUCGGCAGAUCAGAGGUGAAGGUCUAGAAAUUAACUAUAAGAAGAUCAGCAUAUACUGGAAAUGAAUGGGAAAAAGGGAAGUCAGGUUGAGAUAAGGGUGAUGAAUAAUGAAUCUGGUGGCAAAGGUGGGGAGAAGAAGAUGAGGCAAAAUGGUGAAAGUUCAAUCCAAUUAUGGAUAUGGAGAGUCUGGGAAUUUGCGAAAGAGGAUAGUAAUAGGUUAAAAUUCUCGUUCAAAGUGGGGCUGGCUGUUUUAUUAGUCUCUUUGCUUAUACUAUUCCGAGCACCUUAUCAAGUCUUUGGUACCAAUAUCAUUUGGUCUAUCCUGACCGUUGCCAUCAUGUUUGAAUAUACAGUUGGUUCGACCUUUAACCGAGGGUUCAAUCGAGCAGUUGGGAGCUUGCUUGCAGGAAUCUUGGCAAUUGCAAUUGCUCAGUUUGCUCUUCGAACUGGUCCUGUUGCUGAGCCUAUUAUUAUUGGCAUUAGCAUCUUCCUAGUUGGUGCGAUAACAUCAUUCAUGAAAUUAUGGCCAUCGCUUGUGCCGUAUGAGUAUGGAUUCAGGGUAAUACUCUUCACCUACUGUUUGAUCAUAGUAUCUGGAUAUCGAAUGGGCAAUCCAAUCAGAACCGCCAUGGACAGGCUUUACUCAAUUGCCAUUGGAGGCAUUGUAGCUGUCCUUGUUAAUGUCUUUGUUUUCCCUAUUUGGUCUGGCGAGCAAUUACACAAGCAACUUGUCGAUAGCUUUACCUCUCUGGCUGAUUCUCUUCAAGAGUGUGUGAACAAGUACUUAGAAGAGAAAGAGUUAAGUGAUACAGAGUUCUCCAAGACUAUUAUGGAUGAAUUCUUGGAUGAGCCUGCUUACAAGAAAUGUCGAACGACUUUGAACUCUGCAACCAAGUUCGAGUCUUUGGCUCAAUCUGCAAAAUGGGAAACACCACAUGGUCGCUUUUGCCAUUUCUUUUAUCCGUGGUCAGAGUAUGUCAAGGUUGGAGCAGUUCUACGAUAUUGUGCCUAUGAAGUCAUGGCACUUCAUGGUGUGCUACACUCAGAGAUUCAGGCACCCUACCUUCUCCGAAUCACAUUCCAGUCAGAGAUCCUAGAAGUCACAAGCCAGGCUACAGAGCUUGUAAGGAGUUUAGGGAAAGACAUUAAUGACAUGAAGCAAGGUCUCAAUACUUCUCUGCUCAAAAGGGUUCACAGCUCAACUGAACGACUCCAACGUGCCAUAGACAUGCAUUUUUAUCUCCUCAUCCCUCAUUGUGAGCUUCCUGACGAUUCCUCCAAGCUGCUUCCAAAACUUUGUAAUGAACCAUCACUCACUGACAAUGACGUCUCAACUCAACUAGCAGAGCUAGAAAGCAAUAGCCUGGACAAAAACUUGAAUCCACCCAACCAAAAUACACAAUCAGGAACACUUCUUGUAGGCCAAAUGGAGAGUUACCACGAGACACUGAGAAAGCAGUCGAGAAGGCUUUACUCUUGGCCAUCUAGAGAAGUAGAUGCUUUUGAAGAGGGAGGGAUUAGCAUGGAUUUGUUGUCGAGGAUGAAGACACUCGAGAGCACUGCAGCAUUAUCACUUGCCACCUUUACUUCGUUGCUUAUUGAGUUUGUUGCCAGGCUUGAUCACUUGGUUGAAGCAGUUGAUGAGCUAUCCAAGUUGGCCAAGUUCAAGCAAGAGACUUUAUAGACCGACAUAUACACACAUUUUGACACUAAAUGAAGCAGGGAGAAGUCAGGUCCCAAAACAUGUAUAAUCAACGAAAAAUAAAAGUUCAAAAUUCUUGAGUAAACUCGAAAUUGUUCCAGAUAAUAUAUGGGUGAUA